CGCCUAGCUAACACCAACGCAGAGCUACAGGCUUCUCCUGUUGAUCAGAGGCAUCGAUCGGCAUGAACCCGGCCGCCGCUAUGUUCCCAAUGUUUCCACCGCCACCGCCGCUACCUUUCCACUACGCGUUCCCCAUGCAGCCCCCGCCGUACUUCUACCAUGCACCUAUGUCGCCGGUUUGGCCGUCGUCCGCGGUCCCGGUGCGCUCCGUGUGGGCGUCCAAUUUCAAGCAUGAAUCGGCCAACCUCCGCCACGUCGCCAGCAGAGCCCAGUACGUCGCCGUCAACGUGCACUACCCGGGCGUCGUCCACCACCCCAGCCAGGACCACAACGCCCUCACCGUGGAGGAGCGCUACGCCCUCGUGAAGGCCAACGUUGACGACCUUAAGCCGCUGCAGGUCGGCAUCGCGCUCUACGACAGCGACGGCGGGUACCUCGACGCCUGGGAGUUCAACCUCCGCGACUUCCGCCCCCAGGCCGACCCGCACGACGAGAACUCCCUCGCGUACCUCGCCGGCCGCGGCCUCGACGUCGGCGCGCUCCGCGACCACGGCGUCAGCGCCGACAUGCUAGACAAGAAGCUGUUUGAAUCCGGCCUGGUCGGCGCUCGGCGUGGGCGGUCGCGGAGUUGGAUCACGUACGCUGGGGCCUACCAUGUCGCAUACCUGCUCAAAAUUGUCACCGGCGGCGCCCCGCUGCCGCGAGACGUGGCCGGGUUCAACGGCGCCGUGCGGCGUUACCUCGGCGACCAGGUCUAUGAUGUGGCCACGAUGGCGGCCGGCUGCCCGGCCAUGCCACUGGGGUUGGAGCACAUCGCCGAUUACCUCGGCUUCCAUCCGCCGCUGGGGAGCCCUCGCCUCGCAGCUGCCGCCGGCGUGCGCGCGCUGCAGGUCUUCAUGCGACUGAAGUACGGAGAGCUCGGCGGCGACGUGCGGAGAUACCGGGGUCUUCUUAAAGGCCUGCACUAGCUAGGUCGAUCUCACACCAACAAUGCUGAGCCGAGAACUCGAAGCUCGUGCAAAGAAGAUUGUUGCUGACCAGCUGCGUCCAUGGUAGCUCUGAUCAAGUCCUUUGAAGUCCCAAGUCCGAAGAAUCCCGUUUCAAACAAGUAUUGGAUUGAAGGUUACUACAGUUUUAAAGUUCUAAUAUCAGUUUUCUCAACAAAAAAAACAAGUAUUGGAUUUUCUGUUUCAAUGAAGUCCGAAAAUUCUGUUUCAGUAAAGUUUCAUAGUUUUCAAAAAGAAAAAUCAUGCAUCAGGUAGCAAGGAAGUACCGAGAGUUCGGCGGCCACGUGGAGAGGUAUCGAGGUGUUCUUCAAGGCAUCCACUAGGUUGAUCUGACACCAACAAUGCUGAGUCGAGAAUCCAAAUUUCGUGCAAGCAAGACUGAUGAAGCUCUCUUAUCAAGUUCUUGAAAUCUGAAGAAUUAGUAGGAGUACUACGCUUUUGAAGUUCAAGUAUUAGACUUUGUUUUUUAGUAACUCUUCAUAAUAACUAGAGGGUGACGCGGGCUUUGCUGCGCCGCCCUACAAUCCUGAGUCAAAAACUCAA